GCAUUUCAUUGAUAUAGCCUACAGCUGGUGGCUCCAGAUUCGCCACAAGGACUGGAAGGGCUAUGCAAGUGACGAAGGCUUGAUGUAGGGUUUUUUAAAGAAGGCUCGAGAAGUGUUUUAUUAUUUUUAAAAGGUGGCACACCAAAGAUUAGCAGAAUACACAGCCAAAAUGCUCUGCCACGUUACUCGUCCGGAUUCGGUGGUGAUGGAAGUGGAAGUUGAUGCGAAGGCGAACGGUGAGGACUGUCUGAAUAAGGUUUGCAGAAAGUUGGGCAUAAUUGAAGCAGACUACUUUGGGCUACAGUUCACGGGCAGCAAAGGAGAGAACCUGUGGCUGAAUCUGAGGAACCGCAUCUGCCAGCAGAUGGAUAAUGUGACGCCGUGUCGACUGAGGCUGCGGGUCAAGUUCUUUGUGGAGCCCCAUCUCAUUCUGCAGGAACAGACAAGACACGUGUUCUUCAUGCACGUGAAGGAGGACCUCCAUAACGGGCACCUACGAAUGGGCUCAGAACAAGCCGAGGAGUUGAGCUCACUCCUGGCACAGGCAGAGUUCGGUGACUACAACCAAAACACAGCAAAGUACUGGUACUCUGACCUGUGUGGAGAGGAUCCCAGCACUGCCAUUAUGAACAGCAUCAUUUCUAGACACAAGGCUCUGGAGGGUUUGAGCCAGGGCUCGGUGGAGUAUCAGGCCCUGCAGCUGGUGUCCUCUCUGGAGCAUUACGGCGUGGAGUGGCACUGGGCGCGCGACGCAAAUGGCCAACGGCUUGCCAUCGGAGUUGGCCCUGAGGGUAUCGCCAUUUGCAAGGAAGACUUCAGCUUAGUCAACAGAAUAAGCUAUCCAAUCAUCCAGAUUGCAACCCAGUCGGGGAAGAGUGUGUAUUUGACGGUAACCAAGGACACAAAUGACAGCGUGGUGCUUUUGUUCAAGCUGAUCAGUAACCGGGCAGCCAGUGGUCUGUACCGAGCCAUUACAGAGACCCAUGCCUUCUACAGGUGUGACACCGUUACUAACGCAGUGAUGAUGCAGUACAGCAGGGACUUUAAAGGCCACCUAGCUUCCCUUUUCCUCAACGAAAACAUAAACCUGGGCAAGAAGUACGUCUUCGACAUCCGGCGCACCUCCAAGGAAGUGUACGACCAAGCCCGCCGUGCACUCUACAACUCGGGCGUCGUGGAUAUGGGCUCUGGCAGCGGCGAGCGCUCCUCUCCUUCACGCUCCCCGAGCCGAGACGACCAGCAGGAUGAGGGGCUGGACUGCGGCAGCUGCCAGCAGAGCCGAGCCCUUCAGGAGCGGCUGCAGAAGCUCAGGGAGGCUCUGCUGUGCAUGCUCUGCUGCGAGGAGGAGAUAGAUGCUGCAUUCUGCCCCUGUGGCCACAUGGUGUGUUGCCAGACCUGCGCAAAUCAGCUCCAGUUAUGUCCUGUGUGCCGGUCUGAGGUGGAGCACGUGCAGCACGUCUACCUGCCCACGUGCACCAGCCUGCUGAACCUGACGCUGACCGACAACCACCAGCACCGCAGCAUCCCCGCGCCCAUCCACAGAGAACUGGCUUCUCCUCACAGCUGCCCCGCAACAGAGUACGAGCACAAGAUCUACCACACAUAAAGACGACUCCACCAAAACUCCAUUAUGAACACGUUGACGAAAAAAACCAGCCAGACAAACAUUCCUCGUCCAUCUGUGUUUCCUGCCUGGUAUCCAAGAACUACCAAACAUUCAGAAGCUCGUGAGCAUAUUCAAAGAUGGGCGCACUCAAAUCCCUCGUGUGUGUGCAUGUUUUAUUGUUAUUGCCCUUUGGAUUGUCACUUUGUUUUGUUUGGUUCUUAGUAUUUGUUUGCAUGUCAUCUGUCCAAAUCUUAUUUUGUUUAAGACAGCCCCUGCCACAAGAUGAUUUUAGAUUAGGCUCUUAUUGUCCUUAAGUUAUUGCAUCAGUUGACCUGAUACAGAAUAGAAAUGCAUUGUUUUAUUUUUUGAAUUUGUGUUUCAUUUGUUUUACUUUGUUCCAUAUCAGACUCCUAGCCCCAGAACCAUAUUGUAAAGGUAUGUGCUUAGAAAUGCCUAACACAUUACAUCUCUUUAUGUUAAUUAUUUGACAUUUUAAAGCUUCCGUUUUGGAUUUGAGAACUGAAUUUGUGAAUGAGUGAAAUCCAUUUUUAAUCCAUAUUCAAUUUGUUGUUUUUCAUGUUUUCUAUACCAAUUUCUAUUUGGAGGCUAAGCAGCUGCUCGGGGUGUAUCAUUGCAUACUAAUCGGGUGCUAAGGCUGCCAUGGUCCAGUAUUAUGUGAUCUCUGGGUUAUAUGGGGUUCCUUUAGCCAACUAGAACUGUGACCUUGAAUGAGAAAUGCAGUAUCUUACUUUCACAACCCCCCCCCCCCCGGCCCCCAAGACUGGACUUGGUUAUUAACUGCCACUUUUCCAAAACAACAAGUCUGUUUCAUAGACUGAUGCACUUUUCCAUUUUGUAUCUCCAUGCCAACAUAAAGUGGAGAACAAAAUAGGAGCACUUUGACUGCUCUAUUCUAGACUUAGUACCACAAAAUAGGAAUUUGUCCAACAGCAGCUGCUUCCUCUAAAAACCUCAGCUAUACAUUUCUUUCUUUCUCAAGGGUGUACUAUUGAGUUCCUUUUUCGAUAUUUUUUAAAGGGUACUAGGAGAUCUGUCUGUGCAAUACUUGCUUGCUUUUUGAAAAGCUUUUCAUUUUCAAGUUUUAUUUAAUUUCAAAGACUAUUUAAGAAGAAAAAAAAACAUUGUCACUUUACCAAGGAAGUUUUCCACGUCUUUAGAGGGUUUGGCCUUAAUGUAGCAGCAACGUCGUGUUUAUUAUAAACUUUCCACAGACUUUUUUUCUGGUAAGAAAAGGAAAACUUUUAUUUCUUUGAUGCUGACUCGAUUAAGCUCAGUCACUGCAGGGGAAGGACUUAUUUUUCACAUUGUGCAAGUAGCGAUUUGUUUCUGUUUUCUGAAGCAAAAGCUAUUCUCUGUAAAUUAACUCAGAAAUAUAUCCUUUUUAUAUAUUCUGUUUUUUUUAACAAAAUAAAGUAUUAAUAAAGUUGUUUUUUUAAAAAAACAAACUGGAUUUGUCUGGCACUUUUGCAUGGUAUGUCAAAUAAAAAAACCUGGACUGGAA